AUGGUCGCGGACCGAGCCUCGCGAGCAAACUCGCAUAGCUCUGCCUCUAGGAGGCCGAUAGAGGAUGAGAAACACUCUUCAUCUUCUGAUAUGCCCCCCGCAUUGACUGACAGUCUCAAUGCCGCCGUAGAGGCAAAGGACUAUCCUUCACCCUUCAUACGCUGGGCCAUCGUGAUCGCGUUGCUGCUUGGAGAGUUUCUGAUUGCUCUUGAUCUGACCAUUGUCGCUACGGCGAUACCACGCAUCACUGACGAGUUCAAAUCCAUUGCAGACGUCGGGUGGUAUGGCUCCGCCUUUUUUCUCACUUUUGCUGCCUAUCAGUCGGCGUGGGGCAAAGUCUAUAAGUACUUCGAUAUGCGGAAUGCCUUCUUUGCUUCCGUUGUCGUGUUUGUGAUUGGGUCUAUCAUUUGUGCCGCAGCACCCAAGAGCGCAGCUCUUAUUAUCGGACGAGCCAUCACGGGAGUGGGCGCAGCCGGUGUUACGAAUGGCGUCUAUACCAUCAUCGCAUGUAUUGUCCCGCCGCGGCAAGUGGCAAUGUAUUUCGCAUUUGUUGGCGUGGUCUUCAGCAUCGCCAGUGUUGCCGGCCCUUUGCUCGGAGGCAUCUUCACCGAGAAAUUGACCUGGCGUUGGUGUUUCUGGAUCAACUUGCCUGUUGGAGCGGCGUCUCUUGGGGUCGUACUCUUCUUUUUCCGCACGCCUAAGUUAAUGAAGGCAGCCGAAGCGACGCUGAAGGAGAAACUCUUGCAGAUGGACCUGCAAGGCACGGUCUUGAUCGUUGCAUCGCUUGUUUGCUAUAUGCUUGCAAUGCAAUGGGGCGGGAUCUCGCUACCAUGGAACUCAGCAACUAUCAUAGGGCUGCUUGUGGGGUGGAUAGUCUUGGGGAUCUGCUUCGUGAUCGAUCAGUGGCUACUAGGGGAUCGCGCUCAAAUCGUCACCCGUAUCAUCAAAGACCGUACUGUGGCUGGGCUCUCGGCUUUUAUAUUAUUCCUCAACGCCACCACUUUCCUCUUGAUUUACUACUUGCCCAUAUAUUUUCAGGCGAUCGACGAUCUGUCGCCUUCCGCGAGCGGAGUUCGAAGUCUCCCUUUGAUUCUUGCUAUGUCAAUCGCCUUACUGGCCAGCUCAGCUCUUGUCAGUUGGAUCGGAUACUUUCAUCCACUCCUUCUGGUUGGCAGCGUCCUCCUGACCGUUGGCGCUGGGUUGAUAUUCACUCUGGAUAUUGGCUCUUCGACCGGAGAGCAUAUCGGAUACCAAAUCCUUGUCGGCGCUGGCAACGGAAUCAGCAGUCAAAUCCCUAUAAUCGCAAGCCUGGCUUUUGCUGCACCUGAGGACAUUGCCGUAACUACAGCACUAGUCUUAUUCUUUCAACUUAUCUCUGGAGCGCUCUCUGUUUCGCUCGCGCAGACCCUUUUCACGAACACCCUGCUCUCCAAGCUUCCCCUGUAUGCUCCAACAGUUGAUCCUGCUGUCGUGAUUGCUGUUGGUGCCUCUGAACUACGCAAAGCUUUUGCACCAGACGUAUUACCAGGAGUCCUACAGGCUUAUAUGGCUGGCUUGAAGGCUUCGUGGGAGGCGGGAAUUGUUCUGGCCGGCUUGGCCUUGCUUGCAGCGCUGGUGCCCAGAUGGGAGAGCAUACAGAACAGACCUACGAGCUCUGGAGGCACCGUCGCUUGA